GGCUGCGUGCGCUCAGCUCCAUCAUCGCGUAAACCGCUGGACUUCGCCGAGACCAAAGGAGCAAGUGUCAGAGAGCGAGAAAAUAUACACAUUCUAAAAAAAGAGAGCCCCGAACACUCGUCAAAACCCCUAGAGAAGUGGCCGUGACCCAAGCUGUUGUGAUGCAUAUUCCCGUAGACCCCACCACCACCAGACGGUUCACACCGCCCUCCACGUCGUUCCCCUGCAGCAAGAUUGGAGACGGCAGCGGGACCAUGGGCACCCCUGGACCGCUGAGGACACGACCCGAGGCCAGGAAUGUGGUGGACGUCCUGUCAGACCACGCUGGCGAGCUGGUUCGGACGGACAGCCCAAACUUCCUCUGCUCCGUGCUGCCCUCACACUGGAGGUGCAACAAGACACUCCCUGUGGCUUUCAAGGUGAGGCAAAUUACUAAUUACAAAUGGGCACUUAUAAAAUAAUGAACGACCUAAUGGUGUAUUACUGUAGGCUGCCGAAUAAUAAUAUGGGCUCAAGUGUCAAAUGCCAUUUUAAAGUUUUCUUGAGCUUCAUAUAGCCAACAAGUCAUAAACUGGCGUUAUUAUUACAAAGUUUACGCAGAGUCAUGUUCUGUAAUAUAAAUAAUUCAAUUAAAUCAAGUUGUCAAAAUCAGUGGCCUACCAAAGUGAUAACUUGGCAGUAUUCUUUUUUUGUUGUUGCUUUAUUUUGCAUUGGACUCAAUUGAAUAUAACAUUUACAUAGCCUAAUGUGUUUGGAUUUGCACGAACUGCAAAUAGGCCUACAUACAAUGAAGGAACAAUUAGCAUACAACAUAAUACUGAUAAUUUAGUAACAAUAAUGUUAAUAAUAAAAUAAAUGAAUUAUAGUUGGUAAGCUAGUUAUUAUUACAUUUUUUGAAAGGUCUUUCAAUGCAGAAAAAAAUCUGCAUAUUUCGAAGCAAUGAAACGAUGCUUCACUGCAUGAUAUCAAUUAUAUGUAUAUACCAGGAAGUGAUAGAAUUCGUGGCCUAAAAGUGUAAUGUUUUGUAAAAUAGCCUAAAUAUAUUUUAUUGUAUCACAUCCAAAUUAAAAAAUAAUAAUAUAAUAUGCCAUUUAGCAGACGCUUUUAUCCAAAGCGACUUACAGUCAUGCGUGCAUACAUUUUUGUGAAUGGGUGGUCCCGGGGACCUCAAAUGCUUGUUGAGAUCGUAUUCUUAUUUAUUAAAAUGUGCUAACAUUCUUUUGAAAGUGAUUUGGAUAUAGGCCGAUUAAAUGUAAAAGUAAUUUCCAUAGCUUAAAAUAUUAAGUUAUUUAAUUGCAAGCUUGCUUCAAGGAAGCAUAUUACCAUGUAGUUUAACCCACCUAUAUAGCACAAUAGGCCUAUAUAUUUUGACCCAAAUAUUUGCUAACUAAAUAUCAAAUGCAUUUUUUAAUGGAUUGGAAAUCAGGUCUAAUACUUUAGUUUUAUGGUGCGUUUUUUUUUCUUCCACCGGAUGCGGUUUGGUGUAGUCUGUGUUUGUUUAGCAUGGUGAUCCAGGUUGACCGCGUUGUGUUCUCACAGGUUGUCGCACUGGGUGAUGUGCCCGACGGGACUUUGGUCACAGUGAUGGCGGGGAACGACGAGAACUACUCAGCGGAGCUUAGGAAUGCGUCUGCGGUGAUGAAGAACCAGGUCGCCCGCUUCAACGACCUGCGGUUCGUGGGCAGGAGCGGACGAGGUGAGCGGAAGAAGUCAUGCACCUCUAUCCUUACAGCAUUAAUAAUGAAGAGUUUCCUUCACAUACAAAACACCUGCCUGCAUGCGUCAUCGCACUGACUUGCAAAACUAUAGCCUGAGUAUACCUAAUUUUGGUAAUCUAUUUUAAACAAAGAAAGUGAUCAAAUAAAUUAAUGGAUAAAAUAAAAAUGUUAGGGAACGUGAGAAUCAGAUGAAAACCACGUCGCAAUUCAUUUCCUGGGGUAAUAGCUGGAAAGAGCGCACCACCAUUACCAGUGUUUAUUGGAAGAGAUUAAAUCCAGAGCACAAUAUAAUUAUUACAAAUUGUAAGAUUUCGUUUGAUAAUGCUUUAUGGACAAAGAGCAAAGCCCAAUUUCAAACUACAGCCUAAUGCUCAGGCAUUGCCACAGUUCUUUCUAUAAUUGACCAUCAGGCACGCCCCCCUCAAAAGAUGAUCGGGUUAGUAGCCGCAACCUAUAUUCUAUAUGAACAUUGUCUUUACAUGUCCAAAUAAACAAAUCGCCUGGACCAGAAUAUUCAGUUCAAGGCUUGGGAUUUGCUUGUUUACACACCUUUAAAAACUAGCGCUCACAUAGCUGACAUUCCACCAGAACCUUCUCUCUUCCCUCUCCUUCCUCCUUGCCCCUGGCCCGCGCAUUAUACUUUAAAUCGUUGCUGACUGAUGAAUGGAAAACGCUCUAGUCUCCUAAUUAAAAGUACCUUUCAUUUUUGUAGUCAAUUACCCCACCCCAGGAUUCCUUUUUCCCCAACAGUCUCUUUAACAAGAUAGGCUAUGCCUUUUUUUUUAUUAAAGCGCCGCUUCAUAGCCUGAGAUGAAAAACGGACCGUUGCAUGAUCUAGCGCUCUCCCCACGCCUUUAAUGCAGAUGGAGAGCUCGAGGAAACUCGUGCAAGAAUCGGCCUCGUUGAACAAUAAACUGUUGCUGUAAGCCUUUCAGACAAUCUGGAAUACAUUCUCUCAAUAAUUCAAAUCAUGCCCACAUUUCAGCUCAUCAAAGAGGUGGUCUCUUUAAUUCACAAACUUAAAAGGGAGGCAUAUCAGAAGGCAAUUUUAAUUCAGCAAGCUGACUGUGGGGGUUAUCAACAAAGUGCUUGUUCCACAAAAAUCUGUUUAUUUCCACAAUUAAUUAACCAAGCCUAUAAACCCUCACACGUGAUGCUCCUCCUGAAUCUAUGUCUUACUGAUGACCUUCACUAACCAAGGCCCUCUCUAUUCUGUCUACCCCAGGAAAGAGCUUCACUCUGACCAUAACAGUCUUCACCGGUCCUCCUCAGGUGGCCACCUACCACCGUGCCAUUAAAGUGACCGUGGAUGGGCCCAGGGAACCCAGACGUGAGUACUUACAGGGUACAUGAGAAUAUUUGUCUUGUCAGAAGUCUAAUGUACUGCUAUAUCAGGAGCUGUGUGUAGAGGGAUUCACAGAGAGAGAUAGAGAGAGGAGAGAGAGAGAGAGAGAGAGAGAGAGAAAGAGAGAGGCUAUUCUUGGUGUAGGGGAUGAGAGAACAGGGUGCCAUCAUUGGAGACUAAAAGAGAUACAUGAGUCAUAUGCAGAUGAUACAAGAAAAUAUAGCAGUGUGUGUGCAUGUCCAUGAGUGUGUGUGUGUGCGUCAGUGUGUGGGAGGAUCAACAACAGUUGACCAGCAAUUGCAGUCAAUGGGAGACAAUAAAGUGUGUUCGAUGGUGCAGCAGUGUAUGUGUGUGUGUGGUAUUAGGGUGUGGGGAGUGGCACUGUCAGAGGAAAUGGUAAAGUGUAUUAAUGCAUAACCAGAGACCGCUAAGAGGAGCGGUGUGUCUCCAAGCCGCAAAUACCAUAUGGCCUCACCCUGCUGCCUUUAGUCAGAUGGUUGUACCUGGGUGACCACAUAAGUGGCUCCUUGACUUAAUACUCUUAAAGAGAUGUUUUAUGCUAACGGUUUUAGCCCAAUAUGCUAAAGCCGUUAGAGCCAUCAUUUGGGUAGUGAUGCAUAUCAAAGUGGCUUGUGUGUGUGUGUGACCAUGCUUGGCUGGGACCAGUCAGAUCAGAUGGGUAUAGGGUUUAAUGAUCCUUCCUGUUGAGAAAUCAUGUUUAUUAUGUUUCUACUGUACUUUAGUGGCUGCCCCGGAUGGGUGA